AUGGUCACUAUGGUGGCAGAUCGCAACCCAAGGGCCUUCUUGGUGAUCUCCCCAUUGCUCUCAAAACCGGAGCUCUUGGAGAAAGUCUCCAGCUACAGCUGGACGGAGAUCAAGGAACAACUGCAGGACGAACUUGCCUCCCUGAUCCGUCGCGAGUCUGACGUGUGGCGGGGCUUCAUCCAACGUCAUGCGGAUAUGGUGAGCAAGGAGUCGCUGAAGAUCAUUCAGAAGGUCUUGAAAAGCUGCGUUCCUGGCUCUGGACUGGGUGAGUUCACCCUCCGCUUUGCGGAGGAUGUCGACGAAGCCAAUGAGGCCCGGGAGUUGGCUGAGAUGAGAUUCGCGGAGGCAGAACAGCGCUGGGACAUGUCUGCGCAACUGGCAGUGGCAGAGGUGGAAGGAAAACGCUUGGAAUCCGAGAAGAAGGUGAAAAAACUCAGUUCCCUUGAGCAGCGCUUGAAGAUUCGGGUGAAGCUUCAGGCCUUGCGUUUGAAGGCCAACACCAGCCGGGUGUUGGAAGAAGAACGGGAGGCAGCUGAGGAACGGCUUGAGAUCUUGCAGAAGGAUCAUCGUGAUGAAAAGUCACGACUGCAGAAGGAUUUGGAGGAGAUCCGCAGCGCCUUGGGGCGGGAAGAAGUUCGCAGCACACAGCUGAGGGAGGAGGCGACCUUGCUGGAAGACUCAAAGCAGGAGCUGCUGCAAGCCAUUGCCAAGUUGGAUGCCGAGGAGCGAAAGGAUCGUCGCCAUUGGCGCACCAAGAACGCUGUUCUGAAGCAUCACUUGAAGCAAAGCCAACUGCAGCAGAAGGAGCUGGUUGCAAAGAUGAAGUCCGAAGCGGAGGCAAGACUGGCCGAAGUGCAAGUCGCAAUGUCGCAGGAGGCCUCGCAGCUGCGGAAGGAGUUGGAGGAAGCGCAGAAGGCACAGCGCAGCAGCUUUGCGCAGCUGGAGGUUCAAACUGCUGCACUGCAAAGGACCGGGCAGCUCAACACCGAGCUGCGCAGCGCGGCGGCCAAGGCGGAGGAGGAUGCACGGAACGCCCAGGAGGCUGCAGCUGCUGCAAUCGCCUCAAAGGAAGAAACCAAAUGCCAAGUUCAGACUUUGCAGCAGGAGCUCAAGGUUGCUGAGGAACUUUGCACAUGUGCAGAGGCAAAGCAAAAGGAGGCAUGGGCGCGGCUUGCGGCGGAAUCAGUGUCAUCCAGAGCGAAUACUCUGCAGCUAGACGCUGAACAGCGGGCCACUGAAGCAGAAAAGGCAUAUGUGGCAGUUGAAGAACGGGAACUUCGUGCCAAGUCGGAACUGAAAUCCCAAAGCCAAGAAGCACAUCGUUUAACGGAGAAGUGUGCCUUGCUAAGCCAAGACAAAGCAGAGCUGGAGCAAAAGGUGCAGCAAAAGCUCAUCAGCCAAGAGCAGGCAGAACAAUCUCUGAUGGCAAAGAAGGCCGAGUUUGAAGUGCUACAAGAGACCUUGAAGACCUUGCAGGAUUCCAACCGCACCCUGCGGGAUGAACGUGCUGCAGCCUAUGCGGCAUCUGAAGAGGCCCUGCGUCUUUCUACGGAGGCCCAGGGCCUAGUGGAGACCGCCAAGUCCCAGCGCCUCAAGGCUGAAGCCGAGGCUGCCGAGUCUAGGAAGCAGGUCGCAGUAACUGAAGAGAUGCUGAAAGAAGCAGCACAGCGCCUGGCGGAGUUUGAGACGGAGUGCCAGUCGUGGACCUCCCAAGUCUCCAAGUUGCGACGUUCCUGCGCCGUGAAGGAGGCGGAAGUGGCUAAGGCCAAGGAUGAUGAACGGAAAGCUGCCAUGAAGUUCACUGCGCAGGCGCAAGAGGCUUCACGCCUUAGCGCAAGUUGCGCUGACCUCAAGGGCCAGCUGGCCACGUGGCGUUCCGCGGCGGAAGCCGCCGUCAGCCGGGCGGAUCAGGCAGAGGCAGAACGUGCCGUGGCGCUCGCCGCUUCAGAGCUGUCGGAGGAAGAUGUCCGGCGUUUGGUCAAGGAAGGACCGAUGCAGCCAAUGUCUGCGCCGGAAGCACCUGACUCGUUGAUCGAGGAUCUGGAAAAAUUGCUUCAAGCAGAGUCGUCUCCGGAAAAGCAGGCCGAUCAGGUCGAAGAGCAUCAGGCUGCUGGGGCAGAGCCUGCAGAGUCAGAGGUUUUAGAGGCACCCAGCAAGAAGCAACGGCUUGAGGAAGGUGUCACAAGCUUGGCAGUCCCCUUGAGACGAAUCCGCUUCAAGAGCUCCGGAGGCCAUGAAGCUUCCAGCGAAAGGAUGGUGAAGUAAAGCGGCUGCGUCUUCGCUGAUCGCCAGGGCCUGCCGGGUUCACACAUUUCUCACAUGACUUCGAGGCGUAGGGUCAGGGGUUUACCACUCCCGGCGAGUUCUUGAACUAGGUUCAAGUUCUGUUGAAG